UGCACUUUGGGGCUUAGUGUGUAUAUAUGUAAAUAAAUGGAUGAGGGACUCAAUGUGGCCCGUGAGGAUUCGGGGAUACUCUCAGGGAAUAUGGGCACUACUCAUCGUGGUCUACCUCUUCAGUUUCGUUCAAGGUAUCACCAUUCGAGUACCAGAGCGCUCCAUCACAGAGCCGGUUCAAGGCAGUGUGCUCUUCUCUGUGGACAUUGCAUGUACCGGUAUACCAACCAUCGGAUGGACCUUCACAUCCGAAAGCGAGCAAAGGAAUGUUGUUUCUUGGAAGCACGGGGGGAUUGUGAACAUCUCCGAGUUUUACCAAGAAAGGGUGCACACAUUUUCAAAUGGCUCCUUCAUUCUGUCAGAUGUCAAGCUGCAGGACACAGGCUACUACAUCAUCAGCGUAACAGAACCUUCUGGUAACAGCAGAGAUGCUGGUCUGGUGCUCCAUGUUACAGAGGUUAUUUAUGAGGAUGUGCAGUACUUGGCUGUGUCAGCUCUAGCACUGGGGGCAGUAGCUGGUACACUGAUGCUCUCCAUGUGGCUCCUGAAUAAACUGUACCACUAUGUGAUAUCACUGAGGAAGAGGGGGCGGAUACCAGAACACUCCCAUACUGAGCUGCAGAUACUCCGGGAACACCCAGCAAGGUCCGGAGACAAUUGAUCGCCCGAAGGGG